CUUCAAUCCGAGGACUGGAGUCGGGCGGUAGUUUUAACGUGUUUCUGAAAUCGCCUGUGCCAGUCUGCUUCAAUAUGUCGAAACGGCCUUCCCUGGCUGGCAGUACAGGUGGGCGUCGAGCCAGUCUAGGCCAAGCUACCGAGAGCGAUGCCGCCCUGGCAAAGCUUGGUUACCAGUCGGAGCUCCCAAGAAAUCUGUCAAUGAUAACGGUCUUGGGCCUAUCAAUGGCCAUUAUGGCCGUCCCUUAUGGUUCAUCCACCACCCUCUACAUCACUCUGACCGAUGGCCAAUCCGUCUCUGUCCUGUAUGGCUGGAUCUUCGUGUCGUUCGUUUCACUCGCCCUUGCCGCCUCAUUGGCUGAGAUUUGUGCGGUCUACCCAACCGCUGGAGGUGUCUACUAUUGGUCUGCGAUGCUGAGCACCAAAGAAUGGGCUCCUAUGGUCUCGUACAUUACUGGCUGGCUGACCCUCAUUGGCAACUGGACCGUGACCCUCAGCAUCAAUUUUGGAGGUGCACAACUACUCCUCUCUGCCAUCACUCUCUGGGAUGAAGACUUUGUGGCGACUGACUGGCAGGUCGUCUUGAUGUUCUGGGCUGUGAUGUUGAUUUGUGCCGCUAUCAACGUCUUCUUCUCAAAAUACUUGAACCAUAUUAACCAGGCAUGCAUCUACUGGACUACCGCCAGUGUCAUCAUCAUCCUCGUCACCCUGCUUUCCAUGGCGGAUGAGCGUCGAGAUGCUGAAUUUGUCUUCACUCACUUUGAUGCCUCGGCCUCUGGUUGGCCAAGUGGAUGGGCAUGGUUCGUCGGUCUCUUACAGCCUGCAUAUACCUUGACUGGCUAUGGAAUGGUAGCUUCGAUGUGCGAGGAGGUCCAGAAUCCGCAUCGAGAAGUUCCAAAAGCCAUCGUCUGGUCGGUCGCUGCUGCUGGCUUCACCGGAGUUGUUUACUUACUUCCAAUCUUGUUCGUUCUGCCAGAUGUUCCGACGUUGUUGUCCGUGGCGAAUGGACAACCAAUUGGACUCAUCUUUAAGACCGCUACAGGUUCCGCUGGUGGCGGCUUUGGGCUUUUGUUUUUGAUCCUCGGUAUCAUGUUUUUCGCCGGCACCGGUGCCCUCACUGCAGCGAGCAGGUGCACCUAUGCAUUUGCUCGCGAUGGGGCCAUUCCUGGUUCCAAGCUCUGGGCUCGAGUUAGCACCCGAUUUGAUGUCCCUCUAUGGGGCCUUAUCUUGUCUACAGUGGUUGACUGUUUGCUCGGCUUGAUUUAUUUUGGAUCCACGGCUGCUUUCAAUGCAUUUACUGGUGUUGCGACCAUCUGCCUGAGCACAAGUUACGGACUCCCCAUAUUGGUCUUGGUGCUUCGGCGCCGCGAUGCCGUCAAACAUUCGUCCUUCAGCCUUGGGAGAUUCGGGUUUUUCAUUAACAUUGCUACCGUGUGUUGGAUCUGCCUCGCUGUGGUCAUCUUUUGUAUGCCAGUGGCUAUUCCGGUGACGGCUGAGACAAUGAAUUACGCAAGCGUCGUCUUUGCCGCAUUUUCAUCCGUGGCCGUCACCUGGUAUUUUGUCAGUGCCCGCAAAAGUUUCAAAGGUCCACCAGUCCUUCAUGAUGUACGUCCUGAGGAAGGCAUUGAGGUUGCCAAGGAGACCACCAGAACAGAUACGGAGAAUGGAGUGGCUUCAAAGGAGCCAAAAUUGUCAUGAUUGUCGAGGUGCCAUCAAACCGCGAUCUGCAAAUCUUAACUCAAGAUGUGAUUGGAAUGUCCCAAGACGAUGUGAAUAAUUUAGUGCCAUGUAUAGUACUGAGAAUAGUAUUACACACUUUGAAUUUAAGAGUGAGG